AUGGUUGACUGUAGUUGGAGAAAAAUAGUGGCAAGAAGUACUAGGUCCCGAACCUCGCAAGUACCCAAACUUGUUCUGGGAUCUUCCCUUAACUGCAGCGUAGAUCUUCAUAACGACGAUCUUUGCGUGCGCAUUCGGAAGAAAUGUCACAAAUUUGGUAAAGAACGUCAAAAUCCUCGCUUCAUAACAUUACGCAAACAACCUUGCCGUCAUCCCGAGCGAGGACUGACCACCUUGCGAAUCUUUCUUCGUAGAAUACUAAGGUGGAUCUUUGUCGAAAUCUGAGUGAGCCGAGAGGGCAUUAUUUGGAUAUCCCUCCUAAGCGUAUGACACUUUGGGCGAUAACAUCCGCCUUGGUUUGCGAAAUGAUUGAAUAUGGUGUUUGGAGGAUGUUUAGAGGUGUCCGGGCUUCAAUUUACCAUGAGACGUACUGGAUAUCCUUAGCGAAGAAAAAGAUCUGCUGUUCAUGCUUAGAGAUGCUGUAUAUGAGAGAGUAUCAGAGUUUGUAAUGGGAGAAAUUUACAGUUUUAAAGAAAGAAAGUGUAGGGAAUU